AUGGCGCGCACUAGAGGUCGGGGAACUCGCGGUAUACAAUCUAGACAUGAUGCAAAGGGGAAAGUUCCUGCUGCUAGUAGCGCAACGACACAAGCAGAUGAAGACAGCAACCCACAGAUCUCUGGCAGUAUAACAUCUCCUGCUUUGAACACUGCAAGAAAGCCAGUUCAAUGUGAGAAAGCUUACAGCACUCGUACCUCUUGGCUCAUUGCCUGGUGCAAAGCUAAUGAAGACACACAAAUCAAACUCUUCUCGGACUCUGUGAAGGAUGUGAAGGAGCAGGGCAGAAAGAAGAAACAGGGUGGUGCACCUAGGGAAACUUACUACCUGCAGCUUGCACGCGCAGUAUUCAAAAAUGACGAGGAUCCUGAGACAAGACUUCUUUUCGAGCAGAACCCCCAACCCCCAGGUUUUCAUCAAGCCUGUCCAGACACGGUUUGGAAAAUGAGUACCCCUGAAAAAUAUUAUCCCCUAUGUUUUAGACUCAAGAAGAAAUACAAUGAGGUCAAUAAGUCCCUCAAGCAGUCGGGCGCUGGAAUGAUAUUUGAAGACCUCCAGACGGACCCAUUCCCGUGGUGGCCAGACCUUCACGGUUGGUGGAGAAACAACCCUGCAUAUAACACUGUGUCAUCCUCUGUGGACCCUGGGCAAGACUUCGAAUCUGACGCACUCCAAUACUUCAACGGGUCUGGUGGCAAGGAUGUACAGGUCCCUGGUGAAGAUGAGCUUGAUGGAGAGGACAACGCUCUCGAAGACAGGGAACCCAUGGAUGUGGACAACAUUAAUAUUGGUCAAGAUUGUGUUGGCCCUGUCGGUGAUGUUGCUGUGGCCAAUAUAACAACACCAGCAGAUCAGUUCUUCCACAGUGAUAUUCAGUAUGAUAAAUACCCAUCAUUUUUCGCCAAUCUCCCACAAUCUGCUUCUAGCUGUGAUGCCACACUACAGGACUCUGAUGAUUCUGAUAUCAGUGCUCGUCAUGCAAUGCAGGGCCUCCGUGUUCAGUCUCAUAAAUCAAGUUCUGCUGUUCGAGGACGUUCAGCAUUUCAAGUCAUGAAGCUCUCUGGGCCAUCUACUCGUAGUGGGUCACCUCAAUCACCCCCAGUCACUUGUCCCCCUUCACGCAAAUGCACCAACAACAAUCAGACUUCCAUUGCCACCGAGCAGCUCUCCGAUACAGCACAAGUGCUGAUCCAGUCGAUCAGUGAAAAACGUGGUGAUUGUGCUGAGAAUGACUGCCUCAAGCGAAUGAAGAUAGACUACAACAUUUGGUCCAGGGACGUUAAAGUGUGCAAUGCUCACAGUGAGUGUGAGCACAGCAUGCGUCUCACCGAGCAAGACUUCAUGCACAAACAUGACCUCAUGGGCCACCAACUGGAGCAGACAAAGCUGGAGCUGGAGCUUGCCUGCGCACAUCGAGAUGAGGAGGAAGCAAGGAUCCAGCAGAUCACAAUGGAGCGGGGCAUGGAUCCAUCAACUUGA